GCUGUGAGGGCAGCGGGCACGGCCUGGGGCUGUAGGGCUGUGAGGGCAUCCCGGCAGAGCAGGGCAGGCAGCGCUCUGUGCCCAUGGGCUGCUGGAGGGUGCCUGGGCCCGUGCUGGGCCUGCUGCUGCUGCUGUGCCCGCCGCGCUCGCCCGCCUGCCCGCCCGCCUGCCGCUGCUCCCCGGCCGAGGCCGACUGCGGCGAGCGGGGCCUCCGCCAGGUGCCCUGGGGCCUCUGGGCCAACACCAGCGCCCUGUGGCUGGGCUACAACUUCAUCACCGUGCUGGGACCUCGCUCCUUCCCUCCGCUGCCGGGGCUGCGGCUGCUCAGCCUGGUGCACAACCGCCUGGAGCUGAUCCACGGCCAGGCGCUGCUGGGGCUCGGGGCGCUGCGGGAGCUGGACCUCAGCCACAACCACCUCAGCGUGCUCACCCCCGACACCUUCGUGCCCCUCACCAGCCUGGCCACGCUCAACCUGGGCAGCAACAGGCUGAGGGAGCUGGAGCCCGGGGUGCCGGCGGCCUUGCCCCAGCUCCGGGCGCUUUUCCUGCAGGACAACCCCUGGGUGUGCAGCUGCAGCAUCCUGCCCCUCUGGCGCUGGCUCAGCCACAACAGAGAAAAAGUGCGAGAGAAGAGUUUGCUCCUCUGCAGAGUUCCAGAGCAGCUGAACAAGUAUCCGAUCAUGGCCUUUGGGGACGAGUCCUUCAGGCAGUGCCAGGAGACCUCACUGUCCCCCCAGCACUACAUCACCUUCUUCAUCAUCGGACCCUUCUCCUUCAUUGCCAGCAUCUUCUUCUGCACCUUCCUGGGCUCCCUGGUGGUGUUCUACCACAGCCUGCGCCGCGAGUCCCACUGCUGGAGGAGGCCCCGUAUCUGCAGGGUGCACUGAGGGGCUUAGCCAGGCUCUGCCCUGGCAGCCCGGGCUCCACCCGUGCCCCUCCCCAGCUGUUACAAUCGUUCCUGUGGGGCAGUGAGAGGCAGUUCUGUUCCUGGCAUCGCUUUGUGUUCUCUCAGAGGCCCUCGAGAUGGUGCCAAGCUGCCUCUGCCAGGGGGGAGCAGCCUCCAGCUCAGCUCCCUGCAGGGUACAGGCGGACCAAAAAUGCUCUCAGUGUUUUGGGAGGCUCCCCAAGGCCACCCUCAGAUCUGCAUAUCCUCUUCCUGGGGACAGCCAGGUGAUCCUUCUCCCCUUGUCCUUCCCCCUGGGCUGCCCAGUCCCUCAGUGUGCAUUUAGGAUGCUCCAUAUGCCUCACUGUGCCUUUAGGUGCAGCCUGGGAGUCCCUGUGUGCAUCCCAGGACACACCACAUUCCUCUUGGUGCCUUUCAGGUCACCCCAGGACUCACCAUUUGCCUUUUGGUGCGGCCCAGAAGCCUCUGUGUGCCUUUCAGUUUGCUCCUUGGGCCUCCUGGUACCCCCUGCACCCUCUGACUGCCUUCAGUGACCCCAGCAGCCUCAGUGCUUUUUUCUGUGCCCUCAGAAGUCCUUGAGUUGGCAUUUCCUGUUUGGCUUCUGUGUCCUGGCAGGCACUGUUUUCCUUUUAGUGUACCUCAGAGCUCUCUGUGUGCCUUUUGGUGCACCUGAGGAUCUCUGGGUGGUUUGGAGCAUUCCAAAACCUCUGUGGGCUGUCAGACCAUCCCAGGCCUGUCAGUGUGCUGCCCAAGGACAGGGCUGGUUGCAAAAAGCUCCUUUUGAUAGUUUUUUUCCAUUGAGUCGGGAAUGCUGGUGCUGAGAAGGCUCAGCCAACAACCAAGGUCUAGGGUGAGGCUGAAGUUUAGGUGAGGGCCAGGAAGAGCCUCGAGCUGCCACUGAUGUGGUUCGGCAGGGCAGCUGCCAAAGGAUGGGUGAGGCUACAGUGGUUUCUCCCUCAAUAGCUUUUCCCUAGGCUGUAGCUCAUCCCCAGCCAAGGUAUAGGGUUAGCUCAGGGUUGGGAGUGGGGGCAAACAAGGCCUUUAGAGGGGCUCUUUACAGCAGCCCUGGCUGCUGCCCCACCUCCCAUCACCCACAAAUCGGGGCUGGGGCUGGCCCUGCACCUCCCUGCCCCGCUCCCUUCUUCCCUUUCCUGUGGAAAGGCUGCUGGAAAUGCUUAGUGAGCCUACUGGGGGAAGGCCUGGAAGGAUCUGGAGCUGUGCUCCAGGAGAAAGCCACAAGCUGGGGUGACAAAAACACUUUUCAAGGAGGAACAAGAGCCCUUUUUGGCCUGACCUCUUACCCACUGCAAGAUGAUCAGAGCCACAAUGAGAUGUUGUGACUACCAGCCUUGUCCACUCCAUCUCCUGCCCAUGCAAGAGCUGGGACCUGCCAGGGCUGUCAGUAAAUCUCACAUAAAUAAACCAAGUGUCACCUCAGCGGUGGCUUGCUCCCAUUUUUAUUUUUAAGAGAGAAGCCAGCCCCAUGUGUGUGUGCUGCCACAUGGCCCAAUUCCAACUUCCUCCUCUGGUGUGGGGCAGGGUGUUUGCAGGGAGCGUCUGGAGGCAGCAUCUGCCCCAGUGCUGCCAGCCCUGCUCCUAGGAGGGCUGCAGGACUCUGCCAGGAUCGUCUCUUGCCUGUCCCAAGAGCAAUCCCAGCUCUCCCAGGCCCUCUCUAGACAGGGUUCAGUUAUUCCCAAGAAGGCCUGGGCUUCCCAUUUGGAGUUUGGUCCUUGUUUGUCAUCCUGCACGGCCACCUGAACCCUGCUCCUUCCCUCAGACCAUCCUGAGGCUCAGCGCCCAUGGAGGCUGGGCUGGAGGUCUCAGCACAUGGGGAAGAUGCUGUGGAUGGGUGAUGUUCCUUCUGUUCAGCCUUGGGGGACCUUCCUAUUUUGGAAAUCACUUGAUGGACCUCCCCAUGGAUGGGCUGAUGUGUGGGGGCUUCGCCAAUGCCCUCAUCCCUGCAUCCCAUCCCCUAUUCCCAAAGGCUGGUUCCACUGGCCAGGCCCCAUGCUGGCUCCCAGGAGAGGGGGAGCCCGGCGGUGGCAGGGGGCAGUUUUCCCUGGGAUGGAGGUGGGACAGAGCCAGCUGCCAUGGUGCUGGUGUUUGGACAGCUCCAUGCUGUCCCGAUCCCCUCACUGCAAGGCCUGUGACCACCCUGGCUGUGCAGGCUCUGUCACCUGAGUAUCCCAGAAUGGGGAUGUCCUUUUCCUCUCAGGCUCCCCUAUAGCCCCUGCCCUUUCUCCCUCCUGGUUCCUCCAUCCCUUCCUGUCCCUCCACUGUUUGCAGACCCUGCCACAGGACUGGGCGAGGCUCUGAUUCACCACAGGGCUCCCUGCCAGCUUUGCCAGAAGUCAGAGACACAAAGAGGCACACAGCUCUGGAAUAAACCACUUCAUGAUCCAGUCUAGACUUUACUGAGCUCUUGCAAAAACUUGGUAUUCAUGUAACAUCGACGUAUAAAGUAGAAUGGGUCCGAUUUCUCAGCUGGAGCUAGAUGAACUGGAUGGAGCCACAGCAGUCAGUGGGACGAUGCUCACAGACCUCAGCUGCCAUGUGAAAAUGCUGCCCGGGGGGCAGCCCGGGCCCGGGGAGGCAGUCCGUGCCCCUGGGGUGGGUACCGGGCUGCGGGCGGCUGCUCCGGGCUGGCAGGAGACGCUGCCCGUGCCCUGCGCUAGCUGCUCCUCCCCGGGGCCGCCGCCUCCGUGCCCGCUGCCCACGGGGAGGCUGCUCGGGAGCCGUGUGGGCUCGAGGGGAGGACGGGGCAGGAGGGACGGCUCAGCCUGGCUCGUUCGGUUCCCUUCUCCCGAACUGGGAUCUGCUUUCCACGUCUCCGGGCCCAGGCGGAUGGAGCGCCGAGAGCUGCUGGCAAGCUUGGGCUGCAGGUGAGGGCGGCAGGGGAGCUGCCAGUGCUGGCCGUGGUGCCCCGACAGUGCAGAACUGCAGGUGAGGGUGGCAGGGGAGCUGCCAGUGCUGGCCGUGGUGCCCCGACAGUGCAGACAGGCUGGGUGGCUGCUGCAGCACUGCAGCGAGCCGUGACCAGCCAGCAGCAUCUCUCCUUGCAUUGCUGGUGCUGAGGCAGUGUGGAGCUGGGGUAGAGGUCAGUGCAACCGUCCAGAGCCAUUUCCCGUGGAGAAUUGCUGGCCAGGAGAGCUGCUGUGUGAGUGCUACAUGCUGGCCGUGGCCAGGUCCUGGGGAUGUGUUCUGUGCAGGAGAGCUGGGAGCCGGGGUCUCGGCUGGCGGCACUCCUCGGGCUCCGGAGCACCGCGAUUCGCUCAGGGCACAGGGCUGGGGGCGGGAACUCUCCUGCUGCAGCCGGACCACGGACGGAACCGAGUCACAGCCACGGACCGAUGGAGGGAAGGGAAGAGGGUCCAUCCCCUGCAAGGAGCAGAGCACACAUCUUCCAGCCCCUGCGGCAGACGUGAGGGUCACUUGGCACGGCAGGAACGUGUGCCAAGCCUGCCGCACCAGGAGCUGGCUGCUCCGGCUGCUCGGGACCGUGGGCACAUUGCUGGAGCCCUCCAGGUGGUGGGAGACAUGGAGCACACGUCUGAGGGGCUGUGUGUGCUCAGAA